AGUGAUAGCUCUACUAAAUUUCCUUGGACUCAAGGUAUGGAUGUCGCUGCAGAACAUGAUACAUUCACUCAAUAAAUUUGUACUGUGAGUCAAAACUUGGAUAACCUUAGUGUGAAAAUUUCAGAUCUUUUAAGACUGCAUGCUGAUUCCGAUGAGUAGGCAUUCCAGAUACUGCCGUUGCUGCAUGGCUGGAGAGCACCAAGUUGGGGAGCACUGUUUUCACUGAUAUCUAAGGAAAGGCAUAUUUAUUUUAUUGCAGGGUGGAAUGUAUAUAAAUCUACACCAGCUCAUUCCAAUAAUAACAAGAUGGAAUGUGUAAUUAUUUAACACUGGUUUAAAAUUCUCUCCUUUUUUGUCUCAGUGCCAUCCACACCCACAUACAGAUCACCUGGUUUUGACAUCCUGGCAGCUCUUCAAUUUAUUCAUGUGCUCCAGCUCAGCGUUCAGUGACUCUAGGAAGCUAUUCAACCUGAAGGAAAUCAACUGCUACUGUAUCUUGGGGGGAAAGUACAGUUGGACUGAGAAGCUAAGGACGUCCCAUGAAAUGGAGAUGACACAUGCUGAAAAAGAAGCAAAUGGAUUAGACAAUCCCACUUUUAUUACUGAUGAUGGCAAAUAUUGUAACUUCACUGAAGAUGGUGCUGCAGUUUUAGACUAUGAAGAAAAACCAGAAGACUUCAACAAGCAAGGUGGUAACAAGCUAGCAUACACUGUCACAGAUAUACCUCCAUGGCACCUUUGCAUCUUCCUGGGAAUUCAGCAUUACCUGACUGCACUUGGAGGUCUCGUCGCAAUUCCUCUCAUCCUUUCCAAAUCACUUUGUCUGGAGCAGGACACUCUGACACAAAGUCACCUGAUCAGCACCAUCUUUUUCGUCUCAGGGAUCUGUACGCUUCUUCAAGUUAUCUUAGGAGUAAGGCUACCUAUUCUACAAGGAGGAACCUUUGCAUUUUUAACUCCUUCAUUGGCCAUGCUCAGUUUGCCCUCCUGGAAGUGCCCUGCUUGGACCAAUAAUGCCAGCAUGGUGGAUCCCACUUCCCCAAAUUUCAUCGAGUUAUGGCAGGUUCGAAUGAGAGAGUUGCAGGGAGCGAUUAUGGUAGCUUCUUGCUUCCAAAUUUUUGUUGGCUUUUCGGGUCUCAUUGGAUUCCUGAUGCGAUUCAUUGGCCCUCUGACUAUUGCUCCAACCAUAACCUUGGUGGCGCUGCCUCUCUUCAGCUCAGCAGGGAAAGAUGCUGGAGAACACUGGGGGAUAGCGGCCAUAACUAUUUUCUUCAUAGUUUUAUUCUCUCAGUACCUGAAAAAUGUGCCAGUUCCACUACCAUCUUACCAAAAAAGCAAAAAAUGCCAUUUCUCCCAGAUCUAUCUCUUCCAGAUCUUUCCAGUGCUGUUUGCUCUCACAAUUACGUGGCUAUUAUGUUUUGUACUGACCAUCACCAACGUUCUCCCUUCAGAUGCAAGGACUUAUGGUUAUUUAGCGCGGACAGACAGCAAAGGUGAUGUCAUAAGCAAGGCACCCUGGUUUCGAUUUCCUUACCCAGGCCAGUGGGGAGUGCCCACGAUUAGUUUGGCUGGUGUAUUUGGCAUCAUAGCUGGAGUGAUCUCCUCCAUGGUGGAGUCAGUAGGAGAUUAUUAUGCCUGUGCUCGUUUGUCUGGUGCUCCACCCCCUCCGAAGCACGCAAUCAAUCGUGGAAUUGGAAUAGAAGGGAUUGGCUGCCUUCUGGCUGGAGCCUGGGGAACAGGAAAUGGUACCACUUCUUACAGUGAAAAUGUUGGCGCUUUGGGGAUCACGCGGGUAGGUAGUAGAAUGGUCAUUGUAGCUGGUGGCUUUGUUCUGCUUUUGACUGGCAUGUUUGGCAAGAUUGGGGCUGUGUUUGCCAGCAUUCCAACACCCAUCAUCGGAGGAAUGUUUCUUGUGAUGUUUGGCAUCAUCACGGCUGUGGGGGUUUCUAAUUUACAGUACACAGACAUGAAUUCUUCAAGAAACAUAUUCAUCUUUGGAUUUUCUAUAUUUGCUGGCUUAGCCAUUCCACACUGGGUGGAGAAUAAUACAGAAAAACUAAAAACAGGAACUGUACAGCUAGACCAAGUGAUCCAGGUGCUGCUAACUACUGGCAUGUUUGUUGGUGGAUUCCUGGGCUUUUUUCUUGAUAACACUAUUCCAGGAAGCCCAGAAGAACGAGGGCUCCUCGCUUGGAGAAAAGAUUAUAAUGAAGAGUCUGAUGGUGCUGUGAAUAACCUGCACAUCUAUGAUCUUCCAUUUGGAAUAGGUUCCAAGUUCUGUGUUGCUAACUGGUUUAAAUAUCUUCCAGUGUGCCCUAAGCAGCUGGCUACUCAAGAUGCAAAGGAAGAGAAGAGGACUAAAACUGAUUUUGAAAGGAACUCUGAUAUUGAUAUUAACACAAAAGUUUAAAUCUGCAGCAAAACAGUUUCUUAAGCCUCUGAAAAAUCAUCUUCCUUUUUGUGGGCUUCUUGACCCUUGAGCUGUGUGCGGCUCAAGACUAAUGUACAGAAAGCAGCUCCAUGAUUCCCUCCCGCAUGCCGACUGGCACCAUCCUGAGUGUUAAUUUAUUUAUAGCAUCAUUUCAGGAAAUCAUCUAUUUAGGGAGUGGGAAGUACAGGUGUGGGUCAUGGAAAAUAAUUUUCUUUUCUAUGAUGGAAAACUGUUGCCCAGAAAAUCUUAAGUGUAAUUCUUGAGAAAAUGAAUAAACUCAUCCCAAAGCGUUAGGCUACGGUUUCAGUAAAUACAGCCUCAAGCUUUAUCUCAGCUGAACUGAUUGGAUACAGCUGAUCAAACCCUAAAUUUGCAUGCUUUGGGCUUUUGGUGUCCCCCUAUAUUUUAAUCAUCAGGUUAAAUUGAUAAAAUCUCUGGAGGAUAGUAAACUCUGGUUUCUAGCAAAAAAUGUAAAUUGUCACAUGACCAGGAUGCUAUAAACGGCUGGUUGCUGGACACCAAAAUGCAACCAUGUGAUUGUGUGUGGGGGGUGACCAUCAGAAUUUUGAAUCUGGGUCCUAUGUACUUUUUUGGGGGGCAGGUUCCUUUAACUUCAAACAUUUGCUAAGUGACCAGUAUAAGUUGAGGACUAUCUGUAUGUUAUCCAGAUAAAUAUAUGUUCAUAUAAUGUUGUCCUUAUUUUUAAACUGUACCCAAAGAAAAAUAUCAGCAAUGUGACAUGCAUGAGGAAAUGCUUUUUGAUCAUUCUCUUGGGUGUAGGCCAUUUUGGUUUACUAAGAAGCCCUACUUCAUGCUGACAGUUAUUUCCUAUGUUCUGAUUUCGAGAGGAUUUGUAUUGAUGACUUGUUCAUGAUUGUUUGCAUCAUAUCACACUUACGGUUUGCAUUGCAAAGCAAUAUUUUCUAAAAUUCUGAAAAAAAGGAUUUGGAUCUGAUUAACCAUAGGGCAAUAUGGAAGGGCCAAAUCAGGUCCUUUCUGCCCAUUUCAGUUUCCUGUUAUGUUAUGGUUAAGCAUGUCUAAUCCCACAUGGCCAAAUAAACUAUUCUAUUUCUA